ACAAAAUAUUUUUUGUAAUUUUUGUAAUUUUGAAAAAGUUUUUGUUUUUUAAAUAACCCAAAUAAUAAUGUCCGAUAAAAACAUUGAUAAAGAAUCGAAAUCGAAGAAAAAUUCAUUGGAAAUUAUCGAUAUUCAAUUGCUUCAGAAUUUAGAAUCACAAUAUUUAAAACCAUUUCGUUUACAAUAUCGUGAUCAUGAUGGACGAAUAAAAUUAUGGGAUUGUAUACAAACACAUGAUAGUGUUUCAAUAAUUAUCUUCAAUAUCAGUCGUAAUGUUUUGGUUUUUGUACGACAAUUUCGUCCACCAGUUUUUCUUUCAACAUUAUUCAAUAAAUUUAAUUGUUCAUUAUUGGAUAUAAAUGAAUUACGAAUAAAAGCAAAAGAAAUGAAUUUAGAUUGUGGUUAUACACUUGAAUUAUGCGCCGGUAUUAUUGAUAAAAAAGGUCUUAGUCCAAAGGAAAUUGCACGGGAAGAAAUUUUGGAAGAAACUGGUUAUAAUCCACCGAUUAAUUCGUUAGAAUUUAUUACAUCAUUUCGAACCGGUGUAGGUACAUCCGGAUCUUUACAGCAUUUAUUUUAUUGUCAAGUUGACGAUUCAAUGCGUCUCAAUUCUGGUGGUGGUAUUGAUGAUGAAUCAAUCGAAGUUAUCGAAUUAUCAAUCGAAUCGGCUAAAGCAGAAAUGUAUGCAAAUGAUGAAGAAACUGGAUUAGGUCGAACUAGUGGUUUUCGUUUUGCUGUUUGUUGGUUUAAUUUUGUUAAAUAUCCACAAAUAUUAACAACGAUGGAAAACAAAUGAAUCUUUGUUUUGUUUUAUUU